CUUUAUAAUAUCUGACUUUAAUUUCUAAACGCCCUAAGGUUCCGUUAAAAAAAAUAAUAAAGGAUAAAUGCUACAGAAAAGACUUUAAACUGAUAAGCUGGAGACAGAAAACGACAGAAAACCUUUAAAGCAGGCAUGUAACGUUCAGGCACGUACGGUAACGGUAGCGUAACAAAGGUGCUGCGCGUUGUUUUUCCUCUAUGUGACAUGCGCACGCGCGCACACAGCAAGCCGCAGCAAAAGCAAGCUGAUGUCCGACACCGAGCGAUACUAAGGGGGGACACAGAGAACCCCAACAGUGGCCGUAAUGUAAAUGAGACCCGCCUGUCGGAACAUGCCUAGGAAAGUGAACGCAACCUCGGCAGUGGAUGACGAUCGCGACCCGUUAUGGUUCAGAUUUGCAUUGCUCACUGAGUAGUGGAUAAUACUGUUUUAUUACGAGAGGGCGUUGAAUCAUCGCCGGAGCAAAGAUGCCGCCCCGCUCUCACAGCCUCCAAUCCAGCGGACUGACGCUCUCUGAAACAAGCAUGGGUUCCUUCAAGAGAAGGAAGAGGAAAUCCAUAACUGUGACAGUGAUGCUCCUCAUUGUAUCUGUGCUCAUCCUCAUUUUCGGCCUGGCGGCAACCACCAGGACACAGAACAUCACAGUGGGAGGCUACUACCCCGGAGUCAUUCUCGGCUUUGGCUCCUUUCUGGGAAUCAUCGGUGCUCAUUUGAUAGAGAACAAGAGGCAGAUGUUGGUUGCAUCUAUGGUCUUCAUCAGUUUUGGGGCAGUUGCGGCUUUUUGCUGCGCUAUUGUUGAUGGAGUUUUUGCAGCAAGGCACAUUGACCUCAGGCCUUUGCACGCCGGUCGCUGUGGGUAUCUCUCUAGUGAAUCUGCAUCUGAACGUGACGUGCCAUGCCAAACGUCACGGUCAUCAUGCAACCUGCGUGUGAAGAGCAACACCUGUUACUGCUGCGACCUCUACAACUGUGGGAGAGAACCUCUUAUGGGACUUCAGAAUAAAGAUGUUAUGAAAAAGUUUAGGAAGUCAUCCAUGAUUUGGAACCGUGCAGAGAUGAUGGGGGGCUACCAUGAAUACACAGAUGUGAAAAGCUGCCAGGACGUAGUGUACCUCUACUACCUGCUGUGGUCUGCAACCAUCCUCAACAUUGUGGCUCUUUUUCUGGGAAUCAUUACUGCAGCUGUCCUGGGAGGCUUCAAGGACAUGAUGCCUGCUCCUGCUUCAGAGAGUUCAUCUGAGCCAGAAGCGAUAGCUGCUCCAGUCCCCUCUGCUUCUCCUCAUCCUCAUCCUCCUCCUCCAACCACUUCUCUCAACCUGCAUCACAACAGCCUGCCGCCUUACACCGCCUACGACCUGCAGGGAUCCUACGUGUUUCCUGACUCAUCAGGCUUGUCAGACGACUCUCAGUCUGGGGCCAGCCACCUUUGGCCCACUAUGAUCCCUCCGCGCUACUCCCCUCCCCAUGAACACCCUGAUGAGAAACCACCACCAUACAGCCCAUAGGACGCUCCAAGAGAAGAAAACGUGGGAGAUACUCUUAGAUACUGUGAGCUUUUCUUCACAAACAUAAGGGAAGGAAGGCCACUGGGUGGACUAACACAGCCCAGCUGAAGAGAACAAGUGUUCCCUGGGCAACGCUCACACUCUGCUUUGUGUGUGCAUAUUAGUGCCCAGAGGGAUACAACCUGCUCCAUGGCAGGUUUGUUUACACAUCUGUCUGCCUUAAUGCAUAUAGACCUCUAACACUGCACCAUUUAAAGACUUGGACUUAUCCUGUACAGAAACUCUCUUCCAGUUCACGCUUUACAUUCAUGUAAUUAAACUGGAGACGUAGGGAUUGUCUGAGAGUCUCCUCUGCUGUCAUUACUAUCAAUCUAGAUGAAAGCUUUGGUGUCCAAAUAUGGAUCAGCAUCCAAUACAUCUAUGCUUCAUAGUCUCUGAACGUUACUAAAAGAAACAGUUUGUGGUGAUGAAGGCCUUACAUGCUCAUGUUUGUACAGCAGCAUGUCGUAGUUAGCAGAACGAGGCCUACUGUAGAAAACGGAUCCUAUUUCUUUCUGUUCUCUUGCAGUUUUAUUCAGGAAAUACUAAUAACCCUACAGUAGCUGGAAAAUAGAUUUAUUUACUCUAUUUAUUCUAUUUCUACUGAAAGGCUGGUUUUCAUAAAUAAAUGUUUGUGUUCCUUUUGUGUCAGGAAGUUGGUUUUCCCAGACCUCAAAUGCCAACACAUGCAUGAAAUGCAGUAAAAGCUGCAGGAACACUUUUCUUUCACUCCUUUGAUGGUGGGUAACAAUCUAAAACCAGCCACAUACGUAUAAAAAAAAAAGCUGGAAAUUAAUCUAUAGCUAAUCAGUAGCAUGUUCCUCUAAAUGUUUGAAUGUGUGAAAAAAAAAUAGAUUUAAAUAAAUUAGAUCACUGAAAAGGGAUUCACUUCAGAAGUUUUAACUCUUACUAUUGAUUUGUUAUUCAAGGAGGAAUGAUAAUGGCUUAGAGCUUGCAGAAGCCCAAACUAUUGAUUGAAAUUUUUACGGGUUACUGAAUGCAUUUUAUGAAGUUUAAAACAAACUUAUUGUGUUGUGCUGAUCUGCUUCAAGACACAAAGAUUUAUCCGGGAAAUGAGCUGUAACUGUCUGGCAUCUCUGUUAAGCCAACAUUAAACCAAAAGCUGUGCCGUUUGACUCGGGCUGACGAGGAAACGGCAGACAUGCGUACUUCAAAGCUCUCAUUUCGAAAUGAAAGCACUUUUGAAAAGUUUUGAGAAAUGAUAUUGAGGAAUAUUAUCUGCAACCCUUUAAGUCUAAGGUGAAUUUCCAAAGUUCCUUUGAUUUUCAGGGACAUUUUAUCUGCUGGUGUUUGAUCUUAGGGUAUUAAGUUCAAAGUCAGUGUAGAGAUCUAACUGGAAAUUUGUAGAGCAGCUCAUGUUCCCUCUGCUGACAAGUUUUAUGAAGACGACUUCAUUUUCAGCAGGGACUUGGCACAGACCCACACUGCUAACCAUGUUAACACUGUGACACUUGGUUGCAGCAAACUGGGCUGACUCAAACCCCAUGCAGAAUUUAGGAAGAGGAAUUGGAAGCUUUGCUGGGUUUAAAUUUUUUAUUUUUAUUUUUUCGCAACAGAAUGGCUUUAAAAAUACAUAAUAUAUUUUUUAGAUUCACUUUUCUUGUUAUUAGCUUGGAAAUUCUUCAUUUUUGUAUUGUUUUUUUUACAUCUUGAUACAUACCUGAUGUUAAAGCUAACAAGGAAUUCCUAUAGCAGAUGAGUUUUGUUUUAUUCAUAGGGGCAUUAUCAGUCAACAAAGCUUCAAUCUUUACGGUUCUAAACAAUUUUUAAUCCACCAGACUUGGGGUCAAAUGGCUCUUUGAAUUUUAAAGGUUGCAGACCAAUGGAUGCAGAUGACCUGAAGGUCGCUGUAAAGCAUCACUGGCUUCAGUAGCAGCUCCAUAAGCUGAUCAUCUCCAUACCAUGCUGCAAUAAGGCAGUGAUCUGUGUAAAAGGAGCGCCUAAGUAUUGAGCUUAUACUACAGCACACAAUAAUAUAAGUAGGCUAACAUCUGUGUGUUAAAAACAUGAAUAGUCUUAUCUGAUGUUCUCAUUUUAUGAAGGUUUUCAUUAGAUAUUAGACAUGAUCGUCUAGAUUCAAAGAAAUGCUAAAAUAGGUCACUCUGUAUUAAUUUAAUCUAGAUUAUGCAUCAGUUUCCUAUUUUCAAUUAAAUCACUGAACAAAUUUUCGAAAAUAUGUUAGCCUAGUCCAUGAGCUCAGUAUUUAAACUAGUUUGCUGCAGCUUCAUUCCAGUAUCAGAACAUUUCUGUGUACGAGUUGAAACGGGACGUCUUUGCUCAGUCCGCACUGAUGGAUCCGAACAAUCAGUUCAGGAUUCAUUGAUGUGAUUUUAGGAUAAACGGAAACAGAUUUGUAAACAUCACAGGAGGACGUGUUUGUCAAAACGAUCGCUCCCAGCUGCUCGUUUUAUAAUUUUGUCAUUGUGUCGGCAGUGGAUGAGGGAUCAGCUCCUUCUUAGUCUUUGCCAAUAAAUCAUGUGUAAUGCACGUUUUUUUUUCUUCACCAAAGUUGACGGUGUGACUGUACAGAGAAUGUUCUCUGCUGAUGUUCUAAAUAA